CAGUGUCUGUUUACCUCAGGGCAAUUCAUUCCACUGGGAAGAAAGCACAGCACUUCAAGGAGGACCUGAAAGUAAUUAGUGAGUUUACUUUGGCAUGACUAAACAAACUGUGCUCCACACACUCCCUUUCGGCUGAGCAUCUUCUCAUUACAUGAUUCUUUUAUCACCCUGUUUACUGGUGCUGCUGCUCCACAGAAGCAAGAGGGUAUGGACGGCUGUUAACUCGAGCCCUGCCAGGUGCGGCUGCAGUAGUGGCAUCACGGCAGUGCCAGUGGGCCAGGGCCCCCAGCCCACCCCAGGUGCUGAGCAAACGGCUGUGGGCACCAGCCAUGCUCCUGGCUGAGCCGGCAGCCCAUCGCCUCCCGACUUCAAGAGGGAAAACGCUGAUCACUCCGUGCACGUGGGGCUGGUGGGCUGGAAUUGGCCCUUGGGCAUGAUCUGGAGCACUCGGAGCUGUAGGCGUUGUAAUUCUCAGCAAUGUGGAGGCCAAAGCGGGUGGGAGAGCAGAUGCAAAUGCAUGUGAGAGGAGCCUUGCCAUUCAGGGAGCUGAGCCUCUGCACACUGCCUGGGUGCCGGCGAGGACGUAGUGCCCAGCUUGGCUUGGCUCGCCGUGCACCGGAGCAGCAUCCGUUUCAAUUCCAGAUAAUUGGCUGGAAUAGGUUUGCCUUUCCUGCAGAGCUUGUUCCGUAUAAUGUGUUUUCUUAAUAGUGGACUCUGCCUGUGCACCUGUCGACGAGCCUGACGGUAGAAGGAACUGGCAAUUUCACACGCAAUUAACAGUAGCGCAAAGAAAUUCAUCCAUCUCCCCUUCAGCCCUGUUAGCUGGAAGGAAAGUUUUGCAGCAGAUUUGCAGUGAGUCGGUACAAGCUCUUGGACAAGUGUGUGCUGCAAGAAGUCCCCCACGUUGAAGGGGCUUUUUCCCAAGCAGCUUGGUGGGUAUCACAGGGGAGUAAAUGGGCAUAAGGAUUUCAGGAAAGGAGUUUGUGAGCUCACAUGCUGAGCUAGGAUUUGGCUUCUCUGGUUCAAGAAUCCUACAGUAGGAAGAGCAGGUUACGGGGGAGAUGCCGGGCUUUACCUCCUGCUGGCUCCCUGAGAAGUGGCAGCCCAAAUAGCUCAACUGUCUUAAAUAAUUUCCCUCUGUCUUGCAGACAUCCAGCCUCGAAGUCACAGGGCGGUACCUACUGAUGGACUGUCCCUGCAUAUGUGACGUUCUCGUGUCAUGCCUGGGUGAUGCUGAAGGCAGCAGAGUGACCCUGAAUGCCCAAGCACGAAAAGGGGAGUGGAAGGACAGCGCUGCAGCUGUUUAUUUCAGCGUAUUUAAGGGAGAAUUAGUAAAAGCAAUGACUAAAGGACUAAACACACCUUUCACUCUGACAGUUGGGGCUGAAAGAACUUGAAACAAAGAAGGAAUACGGUAAGGUGUUUCCUACCAAAAGCCUCUUUUCUUUACUGCAGGUUGCUGAGAUGGGAGAACAAAGUUGUUCACUUGUUCAUGCUGCGGCACUUAUCUGAUUCUUAGCAGGUCCUUGACGGUGCUGGAGGUAACACUGGCAGUGGGUAAUGGUAUGUUACCACAGGCAACAGCAACCAUGAAGUUCAGCGCUCCCCAUUCUCCGUAGUUACUACCCCCUCCCUUCCUGAGAGCACCUCUGCACCAGGUUUGCCAGUGUUGCCUGUCGGGCUGCCCUUCCCCAGAGCAGCGCUGCUCUGCCGGGGGAGGCUGUGGGUCAAGGCUCAGCUCCACGGCCCCCAGCCCCCCACUGCCUGUCCUGAAAGCCAAAGACAUUGCCGCCAGCUCCCUGGCUGAUGCUAGAUGAUUGAAGAGCUCUAGUUCCAUGUCCCCAUAAUUAAACGGGGCAUUGAUUGGUAGGUGAGACAGCUUGGCAGAUGCCAGGUAGGAUGUGUGAUCAUUCGCAGGUCACAGCUGCAGGGAUCCUGCCCAGGUCUGAAUUGAACUGCUCUGACAAGAGGUGUGGGGUGCUGCACUUAACAGAAGGGGGUCCCGUUUUUGGGCUGCACUGAAUCUUGUAAGUGUUCACAAUGCGAAGAUCAAACUGUGGACUUUGUAGAGUCUCUAAAUAACCCUUAUCUGCACCAAACACACCCAUCAGUUUUAUAGCCAUGAAGCAGAGAUGGAAGGAGUUAAUUGUCAGGGAGUGUUUCCAAUUUAUAUGUUAGCAGCUGUUAUUAUUUCAUGGUGGCAAAUUUUCUGAUUUCACCCAGAAGUCCACUCUUAGUAAAAACAUUUUGUAAAAGUUGGGUUGUAUCUGCAAUGGUGCUCACAUAUCGAGAGGGGAACACAAGAGAAAGCCUGUGGUGAAUAAUGUUAGUGGGGAAGAAGGAAGGCACAGAUAGGACCGUGUUGCCCAGUGCUGCAGGCUGCGCAGGUCUCCUCCUCCCCAGGAGCCAAACCUUGGUGUACCCACAUGGAAAAGCGUUCCCCAAAGCACUCAGUGUACCUACACCCCAGAACACCCUCAUGGGGUAAAAGGCCUCUGAAUGCCUUUUAAAUCAGAUGCCAUUUGGAGCAUUGUUUCCAGCUGUGGUUGCAGUCGCAGCCAUGCCGGCAGGGCUGGCAGGCAUGGUGCAGGGUCUCAGCAGGCUGCUGGCCCCCUGGCCCUCCCCGCACCAUGCACGGUGGCAGCACGCCACUGCUGAGCACGUCCAGGCGUGCCAAAUCUUGCCUGCCUUUCCCUGUCUACUGCGGGCUUUGCUAUUGCCAUGAUGUUAAGCUGUUCUGCACAGUAAACAGCCCCUAAGUUAAAUAUAUUUGUGAUUUUGAAUUGUUAGCAUCUGCCUGAAUUACAGCGCUGCCUUGUCUAAUUCAUUACUUAGGGUAUUCACUCCAUUAUUGGUAAACAUGGUUUAUUUAUUAAGUCAUAUUAUCAAGUCCAUGAAAUGUCCUGCAAGAUUUCUGUGCCCGUUCUUCUCACAUUUUCUGAGUCAUAAAAGCAGCACUAGUCACUGCAAAUGAAGAGGAAUAGUGUCCUCAGUGCAUUAAAGCAAACACAAAAAAAAGAAAAAGUUCCCAGAUCAUGGUUUCCAAGGACUGUUCAAACUGUUAUUUAUAAACCACCUUUCGAGUGAAAGAAAAAAAAUUAGGAGAUAAUAUGUAGCUCUCAUUGUUUCUGUUGUUUAUCAAAUCUGUAUUUAAAACAUAAAAGUGUAAACAAUUAGCUUCUCUAGGGAACAGGACUCUUUCAAAAGGCUGGCUAAUGCAACAGGCACAUUAAAUUUAUUUUUCCUCAUUCAGCUCGUUCAGGCUUGGGAAUUUUAGCUGUUGAAUUUUCUCCCUCUGAACAAGGCUCAAGCACUGAAACUUCCUUUCUACUCCAGUUGCUUUUUACUCUGAAUGGCAAAGUGGAGACAUUUUCUUUUUCAAGCCAGAAAUCUUAUUAUUGCAGCAGCAGACCUUGUUUUAGGUUUUGUCGUAAUGUGCUCUCGGAGGCAUGGCUGGUGUCCCUGCGGGCUGCUCUGGGGAGCUCCCCUACAUGUUCUGAAGCAGAAAUGGCUCAAAAGCGGGAGCAGCUUCAGAGCAGCACCUUUUCUCGAGCAGCUCUCACAACCUUUCCCUGCCAGCCUGUGCUUGGCACCAGCAACGGAGCUCAGAGAAGGAUGGGCAGAGAUGUGGACAAGCAGCCAAAAAUGCACCUUUGGAGCCCGAUGGGAACUUCUGCAUUAGGAAAAUGUAUAAUGUAAUGGCCUUGUACUCUCUGUGUUUCUCUUAUGCCCUCUUAUAAGGUCUUUACAUACCUCAUAAAUAUGAAGCAUAAUAAUCUGCAGAGACCUGUAGGGACAAUUUUGUUCAGCUUUGCAAGCUCAGUACUCCAGUAAUAAAGAUGUUUUAUUCACAUCUUCAUGGGUGCAGACAGCGGCAAACAUUUUCAUAUAUAUACCUGCUAAGCCUGUGGAGAUACAGCGUGGGGAGAAAGACUCCAUUGCUAGUAUGGUUUGGCUAAUUGUUAAGUACCGACCAGUCAUGAAGAUGAAUCCUGCCUGUGGAAGCCAUUUCUUUAAAAUUAGCUUAAAUUAAGGAGCAAGGGUAAGUAGCCUUGACCCCAGACACUUUUACAUACUGUACAAUGGAACUGACUUCUGAAUUAUCUGCCUUAUCUCUGUCAGAAAGGAACAAGUCCCCACAGGCAUGUGCUGGGAAGACGCCAGGAACCCGCAACAUCAGUGGUUCCUUCCCAACAGCUCGCGGCCUCCCUGAGCGGAGGCGAUGCAGUCCUUGCCUCUAUCCAGAGGCUGUCCUGUGUCACCGGUCCUGGGAGGCUGCACUGAGCGAGAAAGGUGAAGAGCAAGUGAAAUGCCACAAAAAAUGAACCAUUGCAAUGACCUGUGAAAGUGCUCAUAAUCUGGUGUUUUCAGGUCCCCAAGUGGGACAAAACCUCUAUGAGCCUCCAGAGCCAGACCUGGCCACUCCCAGCAGCCGGGUUAGCUGCACUGGUGAGGUGCAAGUUUAUGUUUUAAAAAUGUGCAUGUCAAAUUCCAGGUACAUUUACGAGGUCAGGGACAGGAAUUGAGUCAUGAUGUCACAUCAGUAUGCUGAUGUGACAUACAAGUCAUGACAACAUGGUACUAGUAUCUGGUGAGUGAAAAUUUUAACUGGGAAGUUCAGACCUUUUCUUAUUUUCCCUGUCAAACUACAACAAAAUGUAUGUGGUUUAUUUUUUUUUUAAGUAAUUUGAUUCUUUGGUAUUUAGAUUUGCUAGACUACUGAGCAAAAAAGGAUUUCAAUUUUUAUAGUACAGCCCAUUUCUUUGGCCCUCGUAACACUUGGUCUACACUAGAUCUAUUGAGAGAAUAGAUCUUCAUCUCAGCUGAAGUUUCAGCAAUUUGACAUUUCUUUCUGACACAAAAAAAGCACCAGAAAUGAAAAUGCUAAAUCAAUUCAUGAAAAUGAAAAGUUCCAAAAAUUUUUUACUCAAGUGGUGUGAAAGUGAGAAAGUCAAAAAUCUCCUAUAGAAACAAAGGCUGACCCUGUGCAAUUCAGCUGGAUGUGUUUGAAAAAGUAUGUUUCUCCCUUGCUUUCUCUGUUUGACUUAGAAGAGCCAGCACAGGCAUUAUGAUGCAUGGUGAACAGUGAAGUCUGCUAGAAGCAGCUCAGAAUGUUCAUGAGUGGAUAAUAACUGCAGCAAAACAGCAUGUGAUUGCUUAAGUGUUUGAACCUUUGACAGAAUAAAACAGUUCUGCAAAGAAUACUGAAGUAUGGGAAUAUCAUGCCUUUGGCACACGGGGCAAUGGAAAGGAUUGUGUUUAUGCAUUGUGCAUCUAAAUGCUGCUCUGCCAAGUUGUCCUUCUAAUGCAUGACAAAUGGAAGGGAACACUGGCAAAUGAGCACAUUUGUGUCAGACAGGGUGUGUGUGUAUGUAUAUGCCUAUAUGUGCAUGGUGGCAUUCACUGCCAAGCCAUCAGCAGCAGUUUCUGACAGCCUGCAUCUCCAGAAGACAUGGCAGGAAAGGUUGCCAUUCCUCCUUCAGCAGCAAGAGCCCUGCUUCUGCUGUGAUGCGUGCCACAGCCCUCUGCCUUUACGGCUCUAAGGGACGUGAUUUUCUGCCCUCUGGAUAAAAGCCUGAGCUAAUUGGCAUCCUUACGCAACAGAGAUUACGAAGAAAAAGAUGAAACAGCCCGCUUGCUGGUUCGUGCCCUGACCCAGCGGCAUGCCUGGCUCAGCCCCUGGGCAGAGUCCAGGUAUGGGCCAGCUGUGGGCCUCGAGCAAAAAGGGGUCUGGGGUGCUGAGGAAGGGCAGAGAAGCCUGGUGACAUCUCUGAAGACACGCACGAUGAAAACACAGCAAAAGAUGACAUUCUGUGUCUCCAAGUGAAUGUUGGGAUGCCGAGUUUGUCAAAAACAAGAAGGUGACUUUUGCUUCCAGUUCCAUUUGCCAACCUGCCCCCUCCCUGCUCAGCCCCCAAGCCGCCCAGCAGCCAGUGCUGCGGGAGCACUGCAGGAGGGUAGCCCAGAGCAGUUCUUUGCUUCUGAGCUUGGAGCCCGAAGCUGCUCUGCAAGUGGCAGUGUCUGCAAAGGGAGGGAAGGAGAAGGGAAGGGGCUUCCACCCACGCUGCUGCUCUGCCCCUGCUCCUGGCUCAGCGCACAGAGGGCUGGGCUGAGGCAGCAGCCUCCCUGGGCACCCAGCAGAACCCUGACAUUUCUGUCCUCAUCUUCAGGUUGUGUUUCAGUUUUUACACUGACCUCCACACCAUGGGACAGCGAGAAGGGGCCAGUGGCGAGCACAAAGCUGGGAGGUCUCUGGAGGCAGAAAUCCUCAGACAUUCUCUGUCUGCUACAACUCUGGAACGCAGAGAAAUACAAAUGCUGCAAAUCAGUAAAGAUGCUUCACCCUAGGCAGCUGCUGUGCCGGGUACCCAGAAGGCGAGAGGAGGAGAGAGGAGCCAGGGAAGAUCAGGGCACAUCCACUCCUCCUCUGUUUUGCUGCUCAGCUAGAUCUGCACGUCAGACUCUCCCAUCGUCUGCGUGGGGUUGCAGUACGUUGGGAUAAGCUAGGGAGAGAUAUGCUAUUGGCUAUUCCGUGCGUGGUUGUCAUCUGGCAGCUGUAUAUAUCACAGGGAAAGCAGGGACCACUCAGCCUCUGAGCAAAGCUGCUCCGGAGCAUAGCUCAGAGAUACUUUGAGGAUGGAAAGUAAAGGGAACAGCAGCCCUUGCUUUUUUGAUUCUGACAAGCUGUGAAAACUCUUGGGAAACAGAAAUGUGACAGAUGAAGGACUAUGUGGGAAACCAGUAAAGCAGAUUUCCAAGAAGAAGUUGCAGGAGAGAAGCAGAACAGUGCCCAAAAGGAAAUACUCACUAGGAUUUCUCCCUAGGUGCAGAGAGAAAGCGUUUUGGGAUCUCUGAUAUUUCAGCAUCCGAAUCAGCUUCUGUAUGUAGGGCGCAUGAGACUGAAAAAGGACAGCAGCUGGAGAGUCCCCGAAGCAAAGCUCACAUGUAAUCAGCACAGCAAGAAGGAUCCAUUUAUCAACUCUUUUAUGUAGUUUCCAACCACGGGGCAGAUUUUAAAAUGCAAGUGUGUGUGUUUCCUCCUGCAGCUACUGACUUUAGCACUUGAGCUGCCAGGAAGAAGGGCAGAUAGGAACGUGCAGCCUGCCUGGGGACGUGGGCAGCUCUGGAGCUCUGCUUCCUAAGCCAUGAGCAGGCACACGUGGUUCCCUUUGCAGUACAUCUCCAAGCCCUUCUGGAGAGCAGAGAAUCACAACACGACCAACUUCUUCUCUGCACUGUACAGCUUCUCUAACCAAUCCUUCUUCCACAGUGAUUUGGACCUGGAGGACCUGGGAGACUUUGGCAGCGGGACCAAGUACGAGGGCGAGUCCCAGAGCCGGACGGUGAAGGCGCUGCUGAUAGUAGCCUACUCUGUGAUCAUCUGCAUCUCGCUCUUCGGCAACGUCCUGGUGUGCCACGUGGUGAUCAAGAACAAAAGGAUGCACUCUGCCACCAGCCUCUUCAUUGUGAACCUGGCUGUUGCCGAUGUGAUGAUCACCAUUCUGAACACACCCUUCACGCUGGUGCGGUUUGUAAGCAGUACCUGGGUUUUUGGGAAGCUGAUGUGUCACAUCAGCCGCUUUGUUCAGUACUGCUCAGUUCAUGUGUCUGUGCUGACCCUUGCUGCCAUAGCCCUGGAUCGGCAUCAGGUUAUCAUGCACCCUCUCAAGCCACGCAUGUCCAUGGUGAAAGGAGGGAUUUGCAUCAUUAUCAUCUGGGUUAUGGCCGUCUGCUUCUCACUGCCUCAUGCCAUUUAUCAGACUUUGACAAGAUUUUAUAUUGGAAACAGAACAAUACGAAUGGUCUGCCUCCCCAGCUUCCCUCCUCCUGCUGAUCUUUUCUGGAAGUAUUUGGACUUGACUACUUUUGUUCUGUUGUACAUCCUGCCCUUACUUGUGAUCUCCAUCACAUAUACCAUGGUCGCCAAGAAGCUCUGGCUGAGAAAUGCCAUUGGGGACCUCACCAUGGAGCAAUACUAUGCCCACCAACGGAAAAAGAAAAUGACACUGAAGAUGCUGAUGGUGGUGGUGGUUGUGUUUGCAGUAUGCUGGUUCCCCCUGAACUGCUACGUGGUGUUGAUCUCCUGUAGGGCCAUCCACAGCAGCAAUGCUCUGUACUUUGCUUUUCACUGGUUUGCCAUGAGCAGCACUUGCUACAACCCCUUCAUUUACUGCUGGCUGAAUGAGAGCUUCAGGUCUGAGCUGAAGUCCUUGCUCUGUGUGUGCAGGCGCAGGAGUGCAGCCCAGAGCCAUCCUCUGCGGUCCAUCUCCCCACCCUUCAGGCAUGCCUGGGUUGAGAACUGCCAUUAUAAAAGAGGCAGCACCUGCCAGAAGGCAAGGGCACCCUCCCAGAGGAACUCUGCAAAGGCAGACAUAUCCAGCGUUCAGCCAAUUGUGGCAGAAAGCUAAGCCCUUCAUCUGAUGGCCAAGCAGCAUUGUGUUCUAAUUGCAGAACCAUGGGAAAAAUGGAGUUGGAAGGGACUACUGAAGACCAUCUAGCCCAACCCUCUGCCCAAAGCAAGCUACCCUUAAUGUUCAGUUGAGUUGUUCAGGAUCUCAUCCAGUCAGGUUUUCAAAAAUCUCCAGGGAUGAACUGCCCACACAUGGGCUCCAGAAGGAGGGGUGCGAAGUGAAUUUUUCAUCAGAACAGUCAGCAAAAAUAAAGAGAAUUCUUUAACAGCACACAGAGCCUUUCAUAGCCUAAGCAAGUAAGGGGAACCUAUGCUGAUUGUACACACAGGCCAGCUGAUGUGUAUUGUUUUAAAGGCUGAUGAUGGCUGUUUAUGCAUAGACAAACACUGUAUUGAUUCUUUCUUAUUUAUUUUUCACCUGUUUGAAAUGAAUUAACGUUUAUAGCCAUUCUCAAAUUUAUACCCGUGAUACCUCAACCACUUGCCCUGUGGCCACAGGAGCACUGCAGCUCUGCGCGCCCUCUCCCUGCACCCAGGCACGUGCUGUGCAGCACAGCGGAUGUCCAGGCUGCUGCUGGAGGGGAAAUGGCUCAAAAAUCACAACAGCAGGACAGCUUACAAGCAAGACAGCAAAACCUCACUCCAUUUUUACAGGAGUUCUUCUUUCAGUGGCUUGUUUUGUUCUGUAAGGAUUACUAGUAGUCACUGUAAACCACCACUUAUACUGCGAUCUGUGGGCAAGAAAGAAAUUGCCCUAGUGAGCUUAUUCUCAAGCACUAGCUAGCUGGGGAACCAGCCUUUUCUUAAAACGUACUGCCUGUCAGUUUGCUAAGGACUAAUGCCAAACACCACCAGCCACCCACUACACAGAGAUGGUUCCAGAAGAAUUUUUCAGUUUUGUACUUUGUACCGUUUCUACUUUCUUUUUUGAUGUAUUUCUGUUAUCUACAUACAAGAUACUAAACUGGAAGUCAAAUGCUAACAGUCAACAUCAUUUUAUGGAGCUUGUACCAGUGGAGACACCAGUCUUAACAGUGUGAUAGUCAUGUCCACUGGUGCCAGCGAAUUGGGCUGGCUGACUUCAGGGCAGCCCCCCGGGCUGGGUGACAACGGCCUGUUGGGUCCAUCCGGAGGAGGCACUCAGGGGCUGAUGGACAUGGGAGACCAGCCUCCCUCCCUCCCCUUCCAAAUCAGGGGCGGUCAGCUGGCAGGCCAGGGCUGGGAACUGGGCUGCCACCAGUUUCUCUAGCACUGGGAGCGCUGCCUCACUGUGGGCAAGCAAACCGGGGGUCUCACUCUGUCUGUGAGGGUGGGCGGGUCGCAAGCUUAUGUCAGGGCUCGCACAUCCACACAAAUAUGCUACUCAGAUAUGGCGCUCUACCUAUUCCAUGAAAAACUUUGUGGUUAAGAAUAAAAACUGUAUGCAAGAACUCAGAGAUGGUGAAGUCUGAAUCGCCUUGCUGGGGUGUGUUGAGGGUUGCUGGCCAGAAGGUGCCCCUUCUGCCAAUACACGGAGGGUUUCCUUAUCAUCACUAGGCUUUCCCUCAAGGAUGUGUCGUAUCAUUCUAUUUCCUAAGAAAACCGUAUAUUGCUAUGUUUUAACAUUGUUAAUCAACAUUUCUUUCAAGUCUAAAUUCAGUUUCAGUAAUAUUUUAUUUUUUACCAGUCCUCAAGACCUGUGUCCUCCGUGGGUUCAUUGUCGGAGCAGCUGCCCACCCCGGUGGGUCAGCCCGUCUUGCCUGUGGUCCCGGAGCAAAGCCACCAG